GUCUUCUGAUAUAGUCAGCCAAUCCGAGAGUAGAUUCAUAAAUUAUCGAAAGAUCUUAGAGUUAGCAAAUUCUGACCACAUGAUAGUUGUUGAAGUUUCUUACACCUUUUCUACGAGCCCUUGGUUGACCGCUGCGUUGAAAACAAAUCCAACCUUUUUCCUCUUGGUUUCUUCCAUUAAAAAGGAGUUAAUAACCAAUGAGAAAGGAAAGCUAACCCUCUGUUUCUUCGGUUAGCCAUGAACUAUACUACUAGAUGGUUUUCCAUGAAUACCAUACUAGUAAUGCUCAUCUUCCUUGUAGUAAUUCUCCCGCCUUCCACUACCAUUACCAUUGGAUCCAUAAAGCCAAACCAACCCAUGAGAGAUGGCGAUGUUCUUCUCUCUAGCACUAAAAUCUUUGCACUUGGGUUUUUCAGCCCACCCAAUUCUCGUAACCGGUAUGUUGGAGUUUGGUAUUACAAAAUUCCAAACCAAACCAUUGUCUGGGUUGCAAACAGAGACCACCCCAUAAUUCCUGUCACUGAUAAUAUUAAUGAUGCCUCUGGAAUUGGACUUGUAGCUGUACACCGAGAUGGAGGCCUUGUCAUCUAUGAUGGGAAGGAUCAAAAUACCCCUCGUUGGUCUGCUAAUGUUUCAGCCUCUUCUUCGCCGAACAAUUCCAUGACAUUGACAGCCAAGCUUUUGGAUACAGGAAAUCUUGUUUUGCUUGAGGAAGACAAUGGUGUUAGCCCAAGGGUGCUGUGGCAAGGCUUUGAUUAUCCCUCCAACACAAUACUUCCGUCCAUGAAAAUUGGGCUGAACCGGCGGUCUGGGUUAAACCGGUUCCUAACGUCUUGGAAGUCCCCAGACGACCCGGGAACUGGGAACUACACAUACGGGAUUGACUCCAGUAGUUUGCCACAGCUGAUUGUUUACAAGGAUGGAGCUCCGCUGUGGCGGAAAGGAUCUUGGUUGGGGCAGAGAUGGGGCGGUUACCACUACGACCCCGCGUUUCGGGGCAUCUUCAAUUCCAGUUUCGAGAACAAUCCAGAUGAGACAUCGAUUAUGAACAUCGUCAAUGAUCCAACCUACUCGUUGUCAAGGACAACGCUACUAGAAUCAGGGAUCUUGGUAUCCAUGCUGUGGAAUGAUCGACAAAAUCACUGGCUCACAAUUUGGUCUGAUAAAGCUGGGGAGCAGUGUGAAAAAAACUACGGAAACUGUGGGCCAAAUGGUAAUUGCGACCCAAGUCAUUCUGAGGACUUCCAGUGUGGCUGCCUGCCCGGGUUUGAAAUCAAGUCGGAGUAUGAGUGGAGGUAUUUCAAUGGGUCGGGUGGGUGCGUCAGAAAAAGGGGAACAUCCACGUGUGGGAACAGGGAAGGGUUCGUGAAGGUGGAACGUGUGAAGAUACCAGACUCGUCCUCGGCGCGUGUGAACAUGAGUUUGAGCUUCAAAGCGUGCAAGAAAGAAUGCUCAAGGGAUUGUUCUUGCAUGGCUUACACCGGUGAGAAUAAGGCCAAGGGUGGAAUUGGGUGCGUGACAUGGCAUGGAGAUUUGAUGGACACGAGGACUUAUUCGGAUCUGGGUCUAGAUUUAUAUGUACGAGUUGAUGCAAUUACCUUAGGUGAGUAUGCAAAGAAGUCAAAUAGUUCUCUUAGCAAAAAGGGGAAGAUAGCAAUUUCACUACUGGCUCCAGUGCUCCUCCUUGUAGUUUUCUUUUGGUAUUGCACGGUAAGGAGGAAGAAAAAAGGUAAACAAAGACAACAUAAGUUUGCACUUAGACUUGCUACAGGGUCAGCCUACUUGGAAGACUCUUCUGUAGAUGUUGAUGAAAUUGAUGAAAGUAGAAUAAACUCAGAUUUACCAUUCUUUGAUCUACCAACCAUAACAGCAGCCACCAACAAUUUCUCCGUCGAAAACAAGCUUGGAAAAGGCGGUUUUGGCUCAGUCUAUAAGGGUGUGCUUUAUAAUGGAAAGGAAGUAGCAGUGAAAAGACUAUCGAAGCAUUCUGGUCAAGGAGUUGAAGAGUUUAAGAAUGAAGUUGUACUAAUCGCAAAACUCCAACACCGGAACCUUGUGAGGAUCUUAGGUUGCUGCAUUCAAGAUGAAGAGAAGAUGCUAAUCUAUGAAUACUUGCCAAACAAGAGUUUGGACUUUUUCAUUUUUAAUGAGACAAACAAAGCACUUUUAGAUUGGACAAGAAGAUUUGAGAUUAUUUGUGGGAUUGCUAGAGGGGUCUUAUAUCUUCAUCAAGAUUCAAGAUUGAGGAUCAUCCAUAGAGACCUAAAGGCCAGCAACAUUUUGCUGGAUUCUGCUAUGAACCCCAAAAUUGCAGAUUUUGGCUUGGCAAGAAUAUUUGGAAGAGACCAAAAUGAAGCGAGUACAAAUCGUGUGGUCGGAACAUAUGGUUAUAUGUCACCAGAGUACGCAAUGGAAGGACUAUUUUCGGUAAAGAGUGAUGUAUAUAGCUUCGGAAUUUUACUGCUAGAAAUCGUCAGUGGCAGAAAGAAUACCGGUUACUACCAUGAUAAUCCGGACUCAAAUUUGGUUGGACAUGUCUGGGACUUGUGGAAAGAAGGUAGAGCCUCGGAAAUCAUUGACUCAACUUUGGGCGAAUCGUACCCUGUCGAUGAAGUUGUAAGAUGCAUUCAAAUCGCGCUCUUGUGCGUGCAGGAGCACGCGACUAAUCGUCCGACAAUGUCUGGGGUUGUGUCCUUGCUGGGAAAUAAUGCAGCAGCUCCUUCACCAAGGCAACCUGGAUUUUUGGUUAAGAGAAGUUAUCAUACUAGUGGAGACCCAUCAGCCAGCACUGAAGGAGCUUACUCUGUAAAUGAUGUAACAUGUACAGAAAUAGAAGCUCGCUAAUGAAGGGCCUAGGCUGCAAAAUGUUGUACGUUAUAAGCUAAUUAGUACAAGUAGUAAUGAUAGCUUGAAGCUUAUUAAUUAGUAAUUGUAAUUAAGCUUUGAUUAGUACGAUUGAAUGUAAUUUAACUCAUGGAUCACGUUUUAUCUCUUAAUUUUUUAUCACGUCAGUUGCUGUUGUUGGCGUCCCUUUCUCUUU